GAAGAAGGUGUGUGUGUCGGGGGUGGGGGGGACGGACAAGCGAUGAGGAUCACAAACGUGGCGUGGUAACUGUUGCGAAGGGGGGGUCACAGCAAAGACGUUCUGAUGGAUGCUUGGCCCCUCACGCCGGGGGAGCUCGUCUGCUUGGGAUCGAGUCUGGCUUUCUCUGGCCUUUUCUAUUACCUGCACAGGAAGAAGGCCAAGGUGGUGGCCAAGAUUCAGGAGGCUCCCAAGCUUCAGGUCAGCGACGAUCUGUAUGUCAUUCUCUCUGCCACGGGGAGCAGUUGCCUGCGCUACGUUGCCAUUGAAGGAGUGGUGCAGCCUGCUGAGGCGCCUCUGACCAGCCCGUACCACAAGGAACUGCAGGGUGUGAUCGAGAGACUGGUGCUGAAGGAGCAUCGCCUGAUCUGGAACAGCCUGGCCCGGAGCUGGACCGACAGCGAACGGGUGGUGCUGGAGCAGGUGCACACAGUCCCGUUUGUCCUGACGUCCCCCAGCGGCCAUGCGGUGGGGCAGGUGAGCGUGGAUUCGCCCCUCGAUGCAGUCGAGCUGCCCCUGGAGACCGUGUACGAGCGCUUCCAGCAGACCUCGCAUGGCUUCAGGGACCUGCUGAGUCACUACCUGAGCGGCGAGAAGCCCAAGGGCUUCCUGGAGACGGAGGAGAUGCUCCUUGUGGGGAGCAGCCUCACCGGGAUCGGCGAGCUGGCCCUGCGCCCCGACGGCUCCCUCCACCUCCAGCCUCCGACCGACGGCUCGGCCUACUUCCUGUGUCUCGGGGACUGGCAGACGCUGUUGGCUGACCUCCGGUCCGCGAGCAGCUUCUGGAAGUGGGCGGCCCUCUUGUGCGGCUUGGCUUCUGCCGCCGUCGUCCUGCACGCCCUCUGCCGAGCCUACCAGCAUCGCAAGUUGAAGCGGGAGCAGGAGGCGCAGCGGCGAGAAUACGAGAGCUUGUUGCGCCACAACCUCAGCCCCCUGGAUCCAGCAGAAGAGCCCCCCGAAAACAGCUGCAUCAUUUGCCUUACCAAUCUCCGGGAGUGCGUCCUUCUGCCCUGCGGCCAUGUCUGCUGCUGCUUCCGUUGCUUCCAAGCCUUGCCCAACCGGUCGUGCCCCAUCUGCAGGGGCCACAUAGACCGGGUGGUUCCCCUCUAUCAGGCCUAAGGGGACAGAUCCACCUCAGCAACCUGCAUGUGUUCACCAGACUCCACCAGCAUGGCGUGCGAGUGUUUGAACAGAAGAAGCGUGCAGUUAGAUGAGUGCCCUUCAGACAUGCUCUACCUCUUGGCUUCGGUGAGUAGAGUCCAGCGGUGUGCGAUCUGUUCAUGUCCCUCACCUUGACCGCCAUGUGGGUAGGUCCACAGCGGAUAGCACAAUGACGCUUGCCUGAGCCAUCCUCUCCCUUCUCCUGGACUUGAAGCAGUGUGGAAGAGCUUGUGAGUUGUGUUAAGUUGUGUUGGUCUGUUGGACGUCCUGCCAAGGAGGUGAGAAGGGCUCCCAAACCACCCGGGAGAAAGAUUGUACAGAGAAAGAAGUGGAAGGGGAGGCAGCCUGGACGCCCAUAUAUUUGCUCUGCCAACUGCUGUGGGUCAAACGAGACCUGGAAUUGGCCAGAAAUGGCAGAAAAUCCACAACAGGGAAGGCCUGAACUUGUCCUUCCAGAUUUGAUUUCUGGGGGUGUUUUGAAAAUAAGGUUGCAACACACCUCAUGCAGAUAGAUAAAUAUAUAUUUGUAGUAGCUUUGUUUCCUGGGCUGAAGUUUUCUCAGAACUGCGCUUUGGGGCUGUGUAUUGCUCCUAUGCCAUUUUUGGACCACCGUUGCAGUAGGGGUUAAAGAUCUUCACUUCCAACCUAUGUUUCCUACCUUAGGCCUUCUGGAAUCUGGGCAAAGUCCCCUUCUUAGCUAGUAACUUCUCCAAGCCAACCUGAUCGCUCCCUUUAGACUCUGAGAAAAACAAGGUUCUCAAAAGUGGAAAGCAACACGUUGUGGCUUAAUACUCUACAGGGGCUGCCUCUUUUCAUAUUGUGCUGUAACUUGGGAGUUAGUUUUCACAGGUAUUUUUACAGGUGGCUGUUUUUGUUUGGACCAGGUCCAGUUUGAUGUCAAUGCUGGCAGGGACCACUUGGGUACUGGUGAGGGGGCAGGCUGUAGGGCAGUGGUUCCCAAUCUUGGUUCCCCAGAUGUUCCUGGGCUGCAACUCCCAGAAGCCUUCCACUACGAACUGUGAUGGCUGGGCAUUUUAGUCCAAGAACCUCUGGGGUCCCAAGUUUGGGAACCACUGGUGUAAGAUGAUGGCAGGCAUGUAUCCUUAUCUGAAGCUUUUCCACGUUGCACCUGCCAUGUGGAAUGGCAUCCAAGCUGCCUCAACACAGAGGCUGUAAUGAAAACUGGCCUGUAUGGGUGGCCUUCUGCAAGAAGCUGGGUGGAAACAGGACCAGUAUGGAUAUCCUGGAGGCACGCCUGCUCUUCCUGGCAACUCUGGAUGAAGUGUGCUGUUUGUA